ACAAGCAAAAAGAUUGUCGUGGUGGCUGUAUAGAAACAACGAGCACUCUGAAUUAACAGCCUCAGAAUAUAUAGUGGCAGUGACAGUUAGCCAGCUGUCAGUCUGCGCCAAGUGCUUGCCAUGGCCGCACUGCCGCGGCUCCCUACCCUCCUUAUUGAUUGCCCGGCAUCUUUCCUUCACCGUCGCAGUUUCGCCCUCACUGAAGUCGACUACUCAAUACGACGCCGGAAAGGUCGAUCCUCCGCCGUCACGUGCUCCGCCUUCGGAGGGCCUUCUUCGUCUGAGAUCAGUUCCACGGCCAAAAUACAAAGUGAAGUUCUGUCUCCAUUUCGCACAGUUCGAAUGUUCUUUUAUAUUGCUUUUAUAGCUAGUGGUUCCCUUGGAGGAUUCAUAGCCCUCAGCCAGCUAGUUGGUGCUCUUGCGAAUCCAUCAAGAGCUGCUGAUGUCACUGACAUCCUCAAGGAUCUAGCCAUAGAUAUAGGAGCAGUCUCUGCUUUUGCAUUUCUUUAUUAUAGGGAGAACAAUGCUAAGAACGCUCAGGUGGCUAGGCUUUCAAGAGAGGAAUUUCUCUCGAAUCUCAAGCUUCGUGUGGAUGAGAGGAGGAUUGUUCCUCUCUGUGCUUUCAGGGGAAUUGCUCGUCUUGUUAUCCUAGCCAGUCCUGCAAGCUUCAUCCAAGACUCGUUCAAACUAAGUGAACCUUUCUCCGACAGACUCCUUGAACAGGGGAUUCUUGUUGUACCAUUUGUGACUGAUGGAGGUUCACCUAAAUUUGAGUACGAAGACAAAGAAGAGACGAAGGAUAUUGAUUCGAAAAGGAAAAGGCUGUGGCAGCUUGCGCCUGUUUACGCUGCUGAAUGGAACGAGUGGUUGAAUGAGCAAAAGAAACUGGCUAAGGUCUCUCCUGAAUCUCCGGUGUACUUGUCUCUCCGAAUGGAUGGCCGAGUUCGAGGCAGUGGCGUCGGCUAUCCUCCAUGGAAUGCGUUUGUUGUGCAGUUACCACCGGUGAAGGGAAUAUGGACAGGCCUCCUCGACGGCAUGGAUGGUAGAGUUUAAUAAGCUAUACAAACUGCCUUCAUACUAAAUAUUCAACUGUUGUUUGUAUACUUCAUUUAUGUGUAUUUUAGGAAUAUACAACUAUUUCCGAUGGAAUAAGUUCGUCGGUCAUUAAAUUUUGUUAAAUUAAAUUAGUUUGUAGUGA